AUGGCGGACGGUUCGUCGUCUGAAUUAUUUUGGGAUCAUGCAGGAGAGGAUUUGGAGGACAACCCUUUGAUAAAUACCUAUAGCACUGAUACUCCCGCCAGACGGAGGGGAAACAGUUACAGACAUGCAGUACUUGGUACCGACCAUGAUGGUAUUCACUUAUCCUACUAUCAAACAGUAAAACUGCUGGAAAAUCUAGAGGAGAGUAGCCAGACUCUUAAACAGUAUCUUGAUGAUUUCAACGAAACCUCACAGGAGAAUGACACGGAAACCAUGUCUAUCAGCCAUUCUUUCAGAGAAAGGUUUUGUCAAAAAUGUAAACAAGCCCUUCAACAAGUUACAGGAACAAAGACCAUCAUCUUAACCCUGCUUUUACAGGGUGUAAAUCUAAUUAUCCAGACAAUUAUUGAUAUCUGGUCCAAGAAGGAUGAUGACAAUGCUAUUGUGGCAAGCUGUGUUACUAUGAUAGUUCUACAACUAGCAAACCUCAUCCUCAUCAUGUUUAGUUCAGUGAAGUUGGCUCAACAACUUGUUGGACGGCGAGUGAACGGCAUCCUUCUUGUCCAGUCCUACUUUGCAGCGAUUCUGUUGUUUGCGGGUCUCUACACUGUCACAAGUCGACUGCAGCCUGGAUCUUGGAAGGAUAUCAGAGAAUCAGUGGAAGAGAACCCCGGACUCAUCAUUGCAUUAUAUACCAAAUUUUUGUAUUUUUCUGUUUCCACGGCAACUUUAUGUGGGACAGCCAGUACGUCCCCAUUUCAGUGGUACAAUUAUAUAUUUGUGUCAUUGCAGAUGUUGCUGAGUUUCAUGUAUUUUGCCUCGAUACUUGGCCAUGCUUUAACACCUAUUGCGGCAGACACUCCCAAACAAAGACGACUACGGGCAAUGUCUGAGGCCAGACGCCAACCUGAGGCUAUUACUAACUGUAUUAGAGCUACUCCUAUUCCAGCAAAUUACGGCACUAUAAAUGACAGAUGAUUAUAGAAGAUACUGA